AUGAUUUCGCUUACGUCGAGGUCGUUCCGGAUAUGUGACAGAUCAAGACCAGUCUUCGGAGCGUUGCUACGCCAAAAUUCUAUAUCAGGAGUCCGAUUUGCAUCGCUAACCAGCGCCAUCGAACGUGGCAAGCGUCGAUCCGUGGCCGUUGAAGAGAGAGGCGGGAGAUCUUUUGGAGAAAAUAAAAGAACAUGGGAAGAAAGAGGCAAGAGAUCUUCUGAAGGAGGUGAUAGAAGGUCACGGGAAGGAAGAGACAAGAGAUCUUUUGAAGGAAAUAGCAAAAAACCAUGGGAGGAAAGAGGCAAGCAAUCUUUUGAAGGAAAAGAUAAAAGAUCAUCAGAAGAAAGGGGCAAGAGAUCUUUCGAAGGAAAUAACAAAAAGCCAUGGGAAGAAAGAGGCGGGAGAUCUUUCGAAGGAAAUGAUAAAAGAUCAUCAGAAGAAAGAGGCAAGAGAUCUUUCGAAGGAAAUGGCAAAAAAUCAUGGGAAGAAAGAGGCAAGAGUACAUCGCACUCCCCUCGCAAGGAGUCCAGCAAACAAUGGGACCAAUCAUCCCCCCGUUCGAGAACACCGGGGCCAGGAUUCAACCUCGAUGAAGAAGAAUUUAUCAGAACGGGCAAGAUGCGGCAAAAAGCGAAGGAUACUGCUAUACGGGAGGAUCGACACGAUGAAGAGCCUGAAAAGGAAAUAUCUUGGAUAAGACGUGAAGGCAACAAGGACACAUUGCGCAAGCUAAAGCAUGGCAGAAACCACCACAGGUAUACCAAUGAAUUUCCGGAACGAGUGAAGUCGCAAGUGCUGGUUCCUUCUGCCAUCCCAUAUACCACUGCUGCCUCGGUGUUCGUCUACGGGGCAUCUGCCGUCGAAGCCGCUUUACGAUGCAGCCGUCGCAAGCUCUAUAAACUUUAUAUCUACCAAGCGGAGGGCGAGGAGCUCACUACUCAGCAAAACCUCCUGCGAAAAAUGGCUCUGGCCCAAGGUGUCACAGUCAAGAUGGCGUUUGCUGGUUGGGACACAAUGAUGUCUAAAAUGAGUGACGGCCGUCCACACAAUGGUUUCGUGUUGGAGGCAUCACCUCUGCCUACACUACCCAUUGCCAAUCUGGAACCAGUCCCCGAUCCAACAGCCAAUGUUUUCCACGUCAAGCUAAACCCACAGUCUGAAGAGGAGGCAAAAGUGAAUGGCUCGAGCAACGAAGUCCAGCGCGCAGAGCGAUAUGACGAGGCCUCCCGGUCUCGCUUCCCUCUCAUCCUCCUGGUCGAUGGCAUUGUCGAUCCGGGAAACAUAGGCGCCAUCAUCCGGUCCGCGUACUACCUAGGCGUUGAUGGGAUUGUCUAUGCCGGCCGCAACUCUGCUCCCAUGUCACCGGUGACCGCGAAAGCCAGCGCCGGAGCCACCGAGAGCAUGACAUUUUUGAAAACCGUCAACCCACAAGAAUUUGUGCAAGCGUCACGCAAGAACGGCUGGCGCUUUUUGGCCGCGGAUUCGCCGCGCAAUGUUUUUGAGCGAUCAAGCGACGUGAUCUCUGUGGAUAGGGCUGCUGGAACCAACACCACGUCUCUGUUGACUGAGGCCCCCACCGUGCUGAUGCUGGGGAAUGAAGGCACGGGACUGAUGGAGCGACUCAAGGUUCGGGCCGAUGGGCUCAUCUCUAUCCCCGGCGCGCAUUUCCGUCACCAAGAGGGUAUCUUGAGCGACGCUGCGGGCGUUGAUAGUCUCAACGUCAGCGUAGCCGCAGCGAUGCUGAUAGAGAUGCUGAUGCGGACUCCCUUGCAAGUCACCGAUCUCCCGGCACUAGAAAGGCAGGAAAAAGAAAAAGAAAAAGAAAAAGAAAAAGAAAAAGAAACACUGCCACCCAGCGUAGCCCAAGAAGCGGUGCCCCAGGAAGUGGCGCCCCAAUCGUUCGACUUUAAUUAG